UGGUGCGGGCGCCUGCUCAGUGCGCUCCGGCCGGGCAAUCGUGUGCAGGCGUAACCGGGUCCCUCCGAGCCGCCGUAGGACUGGUUCCGGCGGGCUGGUGAGGAAUGGAGCCUGUGGGUGGCUGCGGCGACCGCCGGGGCUCCUCCUCCGUAGACCCACGGAGCACCUUCGUGUUAAGUAACCUAGCGGAGGUGGUGGAGCGUGUGCUCACCUUCUUGCCCGCCAAGGCAUUGCUGCGGGUGGCCUGCGUGUGCCGCUUAUGGAGGGAGUGUGUGCGCCGAGUGUUGCGGACCCAUCGGAGCUUGACCUGGAUCUCCGCAGGCCUGGCCGAUGCCGGCCACCUGGAGAGGCAUUGCUUGGUUCGCGUGGUAGCCGAGGAGCUUGAGAAUGUUCGCAUCUUACCACAUACAGUUCUUUACAUGGCUGAUUCAGAAACUUUCAUUAGUCUGGAAGAAUGUCGUGGCCAUAAGAGAGCAAGGAAAAGAACUAGUAUGGAAACAGCACUUGCCCUUGAGAAGCUUUUCCCCAAACAAUGCCAGGUCCUUGGGAUUGUGACCCCAGGAAUUGUAGUGACUCCAAUGGGAUCAGGUAGCAAUCGACCUCAGGAAAUAGAAAUUGGAGAAUCUGGUUUUGCUUUAUUAUUUCCUCAAAUUGAAGGAAUAAAAAUACAACCCUUUCAUUUUAUUAAGGAUCCAAAGAAUUUCGCAUUAGAAAGACAUCAACUCACUGAAGUAGGUCUUUUAGACAACCCUGAACUUCGUGUGGUCCUUGUCUUUGGUUAUAAUUGCUGUAAGGUGGGAGCCAAUAAUUUUCUGCAGCAAGUAGUCAGCACUUUCAGUGAUAUGAAUAUCAUCUUGGCUGGAGGCCAGGUGGACAACCUGUCAUCACUGACUUCUGAAAAGAACCCUCUGGAUAUUGAUGCCACUGGUGUGGUUGGACUGUCGUUUAGUGGACACCGAAUCCAGAGUGCCACUGUGCUCCUCAGCGAGGACGUCAAUGAUGAGAAGACUGCUGAGGCUGCAAUGCAGCGCCUCAAAGCGGCCAACAUUCCAGAGCAGAACACCAUUGGCUUCAUGUUUGCAUGUGUUGGCAGGGGCUUUCAGUAUUACAGAGCCAAGGGGAAUGUUGAGGCUGAUGCAUUUAGAAAGUAUUUUCCUAGUGUGCCCUUAUUCGGCUUCUUUGGAAAUGGAGAAAUUGGAUGUGAUCGCAUAGUCACUGGGAACUUUAUAUUGAGGAAAUGUAAUGAGGUAAAAGAUGAUGAUCUGUUUCAUAGCUAUACAACCAUAAUGGCACUCAUACAUCUGGGGUCAUCUAAAUAAAGCCAUCUUUAAAGUGGCUUUCAUAAAAUAUAACUUUUGGGUUCUGCCUUUUUGAGAAAAUGGAAACUUGGUCUAUGUGUAUUUCAAACAAAAAUAACUUAAGAUACAUCUGUUUUGUACCUUUGGUUGAUGCUCUAAGAUCACACGAAGGGUAGUUUUUAAUAUAUUAGAUGAAGGACAACUUUGGACAUAACACAGACUAGGAGUUGAGAGCUUUUGCGUCAGGCACAAGCAGAGUGAUUAUAGUUUUGCUUGUGUUGCACCAGAUCAUAUACCUGCUGAGUAACGUGACCUUAAAUAGUCUUCCUCCAUAGGAAGGGCAAAAGGGGAUUCAUCAGUAUGGUAGAGAUUUAAGACAUUCCCUGAGUACCCCUUGCAAUGUUAGGUGAUGUCUUUUAGCAGAAUGAUGAAUACCUUUUUUUCUCCUAUAGUAAAGGAGAAAAAUAUAUUGAUGGCUUGAGAAAUUUUUCUCUGCUUUUCAAUUUUAUGAAUUUUUUCAGAAGUUGUGAUAAUAUUACUUACUUUUUACUUGACAAAAAUUAAAGAACUAUUUUUGUUUUGGUCAGAUAAAUUGACAAGACUAAUCAGUAUUUUAUUAUAAGUAAAACAUUUUACUUUUUUCCUUAAAAAUCUUUUUUUUUUCUUUUCAUCUAGGGCUACAUAGCUAACUGGUAGACCAGAGAAUUACAUCAUCUUAUUUUGGUUUUAUACCAAUAAAACAUACCUUGGAACUCAUUCAGAAAAUGUUUUGCAUUUCAUUGCUUUUGGUGGAUAAACAAAGGAAGUAAACUAAUCCUUUAUAAAUGAAAACCCAGAAUAGCUAUUUGUCAGCUAGUCAUUCCUGUCAUAUUCCCAGUAGAAUGAUUUUCAGGUUUGAAUUUCUAUACAAAUAUCUAAAUAAGAGAUGCAGAGAGCACCAAUUUUCCCUCAAUAUCGAUUCUUUCCUUUUCACAUAAUGAUAGAACCUUUGAUUUUUCAGUUGGGUUUGCCUCCUAGAAUAAAGACUACAUUUCCCAGUCU